CUUUAUGCUCAACUAAGUAUAAGGUGCCGUUCCUCAGUCAACUAAAAAACGAGUAAAGGAAAGAAGUGUACUUGAUGCUCUUAACAGGGUUAGAGAAUGGAGAAGGAUAUAUGAAUAAGGUAAAUGCCAAUAGAAUACAAACUAACCAAGAAUUAGUCUGCAAGAAGCAGCUAAUCAAGUUAAAAUCCCAAAGAAAACUUUAGAAGAUUAUGUUCAAAUAUUUACCAAAGUGAAUUUGAUAUGUAGGAUUGAAGACUUUGCUAAUAAGAGAAUGGGAUUUCUUAGAAAAUUAAUACAGAAACAUAAAGCAUAUAUCAAAACAGCUGCUCUAAUUAGUAAGUAAAUAAAAAAAGAAUUUAUCCAUGUCAAAAAAGAAGAUCCAUUUUAAAGUAAAAUUAAGAUUGAAUUCGAACAUUUGACCAGCAUUUAAAAUAUCAAAGAAGAGUUUUAAAGCAAUGAAGCAAUAUAAGAAGUCAAGUAAGAAAUAAAAGAGGAGGAAUUACAGCCAAAACUAAUUUUCAGCUGAG